AUGUCUACGGCUUUCGACGACUUCGGCCACGAUGGGGAGGAGGAGGCUGCGGCGAGAGUCGCGGGCACGCGCCCUUUCGACGACGAUGGGUACCUAGGGUACGAUCCCCGUCUCCCCUCCCAGAGGUACGAGAGCUAUGGUGGCUUCGCCGCAGAUGAGGAUGCUAAGGGUACUUUCGGGGAAAUUCCUGUGGAUGAACCCCCUUUGGGUUUCCCCGCGGACGGCGGUAGCUUUGCCCAUGAUGAGGUUCCAAUCCCCGUUCUUCAUGUUUCCGGGGAUAGCAUUCCUCCCUCCCCAGAGAACUACGGGUUCCGCACGGAUCAGCAUCCAGACUUCGUCUCCUCGCCUUCCCCGUUCUCGAUACCUGAGUCCAACGGGAAGGCGUAUGGGGAGGUGGAUGACGACGGAAUCUUCGCCUCAGAUGGCUCAGUGCUACCGCCUCUGAACGAGAUGCCGCCUGAGGAGGGAUUUCUCAUCCGUGAGUGGCGCCGGUGAGGAUAUUGCAUUUUUUUCUGGAUCACUUGCCCCAGAUCUGAUCGGUCGAUGCUAGGAUUACUUCGGAUUUUUUUGGGUUCUGCUGAUACGUUCGGGUCCAAACAAUCGCUUCCGUUGAUUCUUUUUUGUUGAUAUCUUGUCGUGUUGAUCAGAUCUAUGCUCUUCUAAUUUUAAUUAACGAUGAGAGAUCAUGUAUUUUGACUACGGUUCUUGUGGACAGUUUUUCGAUUCUUUUGUAAAUGUUGUUCCCUCAUGAUGUAUUUUUGUUACCACUUUAAUUCGACAAGUUCUGAAUGAUUGGUUUGCUUACCGUUAGUUUUUCAUGGUGUUAAUAUUUUUUUUUCGUUUAUACUCUUGAGGUUUAAAUGGUUGACCAAACUUGUUCAUUAGAGGAAAAAAACGAACUUUUCAUUUCCUAAGACGCUCAAAACUCCUAAUCUUGGAUGCAAAAUUGUAGUAUAUUUGAAUACUUCUUAUUCUUAAGUGAUUUUGAUGCUAAUGUUGCAGUUUUCCAGUUGCAUGUUCAUGAUAAUGUAGCAAGUUUAGCUUUAUGCGCUCACAAUUUCUGUGAAUCCACACUGCAGUUUUUUUUCUUUCCUUGAUGUCUGAGAUGACAUCACGCUUGUGAGGUGAGUUUAAAUAGAGCUUUCUUGUGUUUUUAAUCACCGAACACCUUUCCGCCCCAAUCUCUGAACCGAAUAUGAUUAUGCCGAUUUACACUUUCUUUAACAGAAAGGUUUUCAGUUUUGGAUAAGACAAGAAAACUGAUAAGCUAUGGAGUUUAGUGUUUUUUUUCAUGUUUAUGGAGUGAUAAGCUUGAUUUUGUGUGAAUGGCGAGGUAUUAAAAAAAUGUCCCUUUAUCAUGCGGGAUGGCAUGGAAAUGGGGGAGAAAGGGUGGAUGAAGAGGUUAAUGGAGAGAGGGAAGGUGUUCUAAGGCUUUCCUAAGGCGAGAGGUAGAUGAAAAAAGGGAAGCAACAGAAGGUAAUGCAGCAGCCGUCUUAUGACGUCAGAUUCGUAUCUUGUAGUUGGGAGUUGGGAAACAAGGAGGUUGCCACAGGAAGGCUUUAACGUCGCCACCCGCAGUUGAGUGAAGGAAAGCAGUGACCUGAGAGUCAGAACUAAUCUCUCUCUGUUUCUCUGCGUAUAACCAAAUCAGAAACGAAACCAAGUCUGGUAUUUUAUUGUCUGCGUCUCCCACAUCUUGCCCUUGUUCAUGAAUUUUUCUUGUUCCUAUCUAGAUCGGUUCAAUCAAAUUUACUUUAGCGAUUUAACUGAAGUUUCACUAGGGGACUCAAUCUCUCCUUGGAAUAAAUGAAUAAAAGAUGGAAUCGAUUUGAGUUUACUGAUUCUGUGAGAGGUGAGACGUUAAUCUACGAUACCCCAGUACAGAAGAACUUGCCGACAACACUCUUUAUUCGUGACCCUCUCAAUAGAAAAAUGCUUACUUUGCAAAUUCCACCUGGAAACUGAAUAUUGUCCUUGCCUCCGCCAUUUAAAGUGUUCCCAUCACAUAUGCAAAGUUAAACCUCGAUUUUCUAAUUGAAUGGUCCAUAUUUUACGACGGUUUUAUGAAGUUAAUGGGCACCAAUGUUUCCUUUCUGUUGUUUGCCAAAUCACAACGAUCUUGUAAGCAUUUCCAAUACAUUGUUGACAUAAGAUUUUAGUAACUCUUUGAGUGAAUUUUUUGCCUUUAUAACAUUUGAACUUGGCAGCAAUACACAAUCCCAUGAGUAUGAUUGAUAUUUUUUUUCAAGUAACAACUGACUGUUUGCGGAAAUUACCCAUCUGAAUUUCUUUCACCUCCAUUAUGGUUAUCAGCCAUAAAGAUUUAAAAACUCCUGAAUAUUCCUAGUGGAAUUACUGUCAGUAGUAAGUCGAGGUAGAAUAAUAUUUUUAUGUCAGCUGUUAACAUUCAAAUGAGUAAAGAGUUGGAAACAUUUUUGUCACUUCCUUGCAGCAUUUUGAAUUUGAUCAUUAUAUACAUCCAUGUGUUACUGAUUUGGAUGUGACAUACUAUCUUUUAUUUAUUCCUGAGAAAAUUCCCGUCCCUUUUUAGCGUAUUAUGAAUAUUUAUGAAACGAUGGCUUAGGAUAAUGAGUGUCAUCUUAUGGUUUUAAUGAGAUAUGUACUACAUAUUUAUAGCGUAUGAAUAGGAAAAAAGUCGAAAUGUUUUCCGAUGAACCUAUAUACAAUAUGGUCAUUUAUUUUGGCAUAUUGAGUAAUAUGAACAUUCUUGUGAUUCAGGUUUGAUCUAUGCAGAUAUUGUAAACUUCAUACAUUGGCUUAGUGGACUAAUUAUUCUAGUCUGAUGCAUUUGAUAAAGUGUUGAAAGCAUGCAGAAGUUAUAUCUUUGAGUCUAUUGGUCCGUUCAGAGUUAAUCUAACGUAAUAACAUGCAGCGUUUGCUGACUAUAUUAGUCUUGUUACUUGGUUUAUAUUUUGCAUGAAUUAUACAUUCAUGAUAUAACGUUUCUAUUGUGUAUAUAAAUACUGGGUAGAAUUACUUAGAGAAAAUUCAUAUUAGUCUCUUGUCAGCCAGUCCUAUGAUCUUGCCAGGGACAAGGGUGUAAGUAUUGUUAUAAUCUCUCAUUGGCCUUUAAGGACUACGCUUGGCAUAGUAAGAAGCACGUGACAGCUCAAGCGGAUGUGGUUCCGGCCAGUAACAAUAUUUGUUUGAAUGGAUGUUAUUAUUUGUAAAUUUAAGUGUUUAGUAGAUUAAGUGACUUUACUUUUUGAACCUGGAAAGCAUGGACGAUUUGUCAAAGCCUAGUGAACCACUUGAUUAUAAGUUUGUGAACUCCAUAUUUGUGAAACAUCCAUUGUCACAUUACUACGAUAUUUGGAGGAAAAAUUAAAUAAGAUAUUAAUCCUCCAUUCUGUGUUAUAGUUUGACCUUGAGCACCGAAAUAGAGCGAAGGUCGUGUCAAGAAUGGUAUCCGAAGGAGAAUAAGAAGGGAAUGCUGAAUAUAUGAUCAUGGUUUUGGCCCAUGAGUGUAUCAAUAGAUUUUUCCUGGUAGGCUUGUGGGUGGGCUUCGUGUAGUAAAUUUGAACUUUUUUUUUCUUAUAUUAAGAUUCAAUCAGGAAAUGGUGAACGUUGAAAAAGAGAUUCUUUGGAGAAGAUUUGAAAGUUCGUGUUCAGGUUGUCCAUGGAUUGUUCAGAGUUAGAGGUUGAUCCGAGUAUUGCUUUCCAAGGGCAAGGGUUUACGUAGAAAGAUCCUCAUUUAUCCCUGCACAAGAUGUCAGGCUAAGUUUUUUAUAUCUAACUUAUCUGAACUUUUUGUAUAUCCAAACUUUGAUGGACAGACAUCUUUUUUUAGUUCUUACUUUCCUGUGAUCAUAUAUGAUUGGCCUGAUUCCUGAUCCAUUGCAAAAUACUUCACAAACCACGAUUGUCUAGCUCAAAGAUUGAAGGUAGGACUUAUGUGUAUGAUUGUGACAGAAUUGGUCCUGGAUUCAUCAAAUUACCGCCCAUUGUUACUUAGGAUAAGCACUAAUUAUCCGGAGCUAACUUAGAACGUCAGUUAUUACUCUGAUUUCUGAAGACUUCGACUAAUUAACUCUGAUACCUGGGAUAAGCACUAAUUAACUUAGAAUGUCAGUCAAUCUAAUCUGGCCUUGAGGUUAUGCAAUUAUAAGUUAUGGAGAGUAACUCUUUAGAUUUGUCAUUGUCCAUAUGCCUUUAUAGAUGGGAGAGUAAAUCACUCACUGGCUUUCAAUUGCCCGAUUCGUUUGGCCUGAUUUACUCGCUUAACCUUAGUGACACCAAGGCUACUACAAAAUCACCAUAAGAACAGAUUGAAGUUUAUUUCCUGAUGCAAGCAAUUCACUCAAAAUUUGGGACAAGACUUCCUUUCGUGGUUUUAAGGUUUUUUUUUUUAUUAUUCACUCAAACUUAUUUCACGGCUGUAGGAUCUAGUGCUCAUACAUAUCCCAGAUACCUAGUUCAUAUGCCUCCUUGUCUGAGAAAGAUCGAUCAUUAGCCAUGGAGAAUGGCGUCAUCGUGGGGUCAACGCAUGUGGACUCUCCUCUCUCUUGCUUCCUCUACCCUCUCCUUCCUUUCCCCUCUGGUGGGCGUGUGGUGCAGCGCUGAUGAGAUCUCCGCUCCUCCAUCCUCUCCUCGAUUCCCGCUCUCUCCCUCAUACAAAUGAGUUCAGAUUAAUAUGAUCUUACUCCUUUUUCUUUUCUCUCUCCCUUCCGUUAUUCUUGUCUCAAUGUGGCAUCGACUUGAGUUCCCUUUGCUUCUUGCAUUCACACGUGUGGAGAAAAACAGUGAAGAAAGACGCGACUUUUAUGUCUGUGCAGACAAAACGCCAUCCAUCUCGAGGAGAAGGAGAAGAGGGAGAAAGAGCUGAGGCUGCAGAUCAUCGAGGAGGCUGAGGAAUACAAGAAGGCUUUCUAUGAGAAGAGGAAGAUAAACUGCGAGACCAACAAGACCCAGAACAGAGAGAGGGAGAAGGUAAUUCUUCCAGACAUUUACAGCCCUCCGGCAGAAAGAACGAAUGCAGGUUCUUCAAAUCAUACGGCGCGGCAGACUUAUUUUCUUUUGGGUCCGUCUUCGCAGCUGUUUCUGGCCAAUCAGGAGAAGUUCCAUGCGAACGCGGAUAAACAGUACUGGAAGGCGAUCGCAGAACUCAUCCCCCAUGAAAUACCCAACAUCGACAAGAAGAGAGGGAAGAAGGACCAGGAGAAGAAGCCAUCCAUAGUCGUCGUCCAGGGCCCAAAGCCCGGAAAGCCCACUGAUCUUGCCAGGUUGCGGCAGAUACUAUUGAAGCUUAAGCACAACCUGCCGCCCCACAUGAAGCCCCCGCCGCCGCCGCCUGCGCCUACUGCGAAAGAAGGUGCCGCCGCCGCUGCUGCCGGAGAUAAGCCAGGGGGAACCGGCAAGGAGGCCGCAACCGAUGGCUCUGCUAAGCCAAAGGAGGUGCCUGUUGCAGCACCAGAGGCGCAAGCCGUGGCAGCGGCUGAGCCCACCGCCUCCUCUGCUUGA